AUGUUCAGGGAAGUUCAAAAAUCAUCAAAGUCAAGAGACAGCACCGGCUUCAAUGUACUUGAGUCUGCCUUGCAUUAUUUUGAUACUCAAGGCGAGGAUCCGUGUCCGUACCCGGACCGGGAAAGUGCAGCUAGUUUCACGUUUGUUGCAGGCUUGUGGGGCGAUGAGCCUGUUGAAGAUAAUAUCGAGCGACAUGAAAGAGAGUUUACUGCCUAUCAGCAGGAGUACUUCAGUGCUACCCGUAAUAAUGCCGACACCGAGGAUCGUAGUCUCAAAAGGCUGAAGAGAAGUAGGCAUGCCGAGGAUUUUAUCCUUGAUGCAUCUAUAGCGUGUGGCAGCCGGAAGUUCUUCAUCACGUCGAACGGCUACUACGGUCUUGCGCCCAUGAUUGUCCAGCAGGGCGACAUGUGCUGCGUGCUCAUCGGCGCUCGAGUUCCUUUCAUUCUCAGGCCUACCGAAACACCGUCGCAUUAUCAGGUUGUCGGCGAAUGCUAUGUUCACGGCAUUAUGCGUGGCGAAGUUGUUCAGUGGUGGAAGGAAGGCAAAUUCAAGAUGGAGGAGAUAAGUCUAGUUUGA